GGAGUGUUUACAGGAGCAUUUGACUGUCAAAUUGAGUGUUUAAUUGUGAAAGGAAUAGCUGAUUAUGCAGAUGGUUCUCAGUUGCCUUCAGAGAGUUGGUCUUCCUGUGCCAGUGUGAUGGCAGCAUCUCUUGUUGCACACAUUUUGAGUGAGCCCUGUGUGUUUUAUUCAUGGCCUCAUUACCAAGGUAAAUAUUUCUCUUAAUGUUUUGUCCAUUUUUGGCUUGUUGUUUUACGGAAACUAGGGAUGCAUUACAGUGUACCUCCUUGAUGCCAUGAGUAAGCUCAGUACUGCAUUACGGGGUAGAUUGCACAUGUACACAUGACAUCUUUUUCUGUUUAUAACAGCUUUUUAAUAAGAUUUGAUCAUAUUGGUGUAGAUAUUACAAUGCAACUGCUGCAACCGUAUAGCCACUUAGACUGAGUUGACUAAUCAGAUUACAGGAAAAUAACAAUACAUUCCAAAAAAGUUGGUUGUGGUCCAAUCAGCAGGUAGUGAAAAAAAAAAAAAAAAGUUACUAUAAGCUCCAAAUAUAAAUCUUGAUACAAACGUUUUCAAAAAAGCAAAAUGUUUCACUAGACAAUGUUUUUCUAUUCAAAACUUUACAUAUAAAACCAAGGAGACAUAUUUUUUUUGACACAAGCUGUUAUUUUGUCAUCUACAAGCAAUUUCUUCGCUACCAUGGCCUUGCUUUGAAGUGCGACCUCAAGUCAAAAUCAUAACUAACAUUUACGUUUUUCGCUUCCGUCACACACUCUAACGGACCUCUCAAGAAACACGUCCUUUCUUCAGGGGGACAAAAGGUCAUGUCUGUUGGUUGUGAUUUGUUAAUUUCGAUCCAUGUUGUUUUUAACUUGUGGAUUACGCGUAGCGUAAGGAACAAGUUAUUGUGGGCACUGCGAUAUGCAAAUUUGUCACUCAGAUGUAGACACCUUUCGUAAAUCAGUCGGCUCCACACGAAAGCGACCGGUAUCAAAACGACAACUGUCGUAGAUCGUUCCCGUUCCGCGAUGUGCUGAUUUGGUACAUUUCACCGGAGUCACAGGACGAUUGUCUUCAUGUGGACUUUGAAUGUUUCAAAUUAGAACUAUGGCCAACUUUGAGUUUAUGAACGUUUGAAGCUUUUUGACUCGUCCAGGCGAUAAACAUGACGCCGAAAAGAUCAGCAACUGCUCUUCGACUCCCAAGCGAAGCUGGUCAAAGCUCACGAUUCGGCCGUGAGUCUCACGAUGUUUUAAGUUUUCACACGACAAGACUCCCAAUCUCAUGGUUUUUAGUGAAAUAUCAUUCUGAAAUGAAAUGUUUCUUUGUUCUUUGUGUGGGGCUAAGCUGUGGAAUGAGAUACCCUGUAACAUCCGACAACUCCCGAAGAAUAAGUUCAAAAAAACACUCUGCAAAUUACUUUUUGAUAUCCUGAAUUCAGAAGAUGAGUAUAUUGAUACGCCCACCUUAAUUAAAAAGGUAAAAUUAGCCAGAAAUGUCGGAAAAUAAAUUCUUGCUUGUUAGUUUCUACUUUAACAAUUUAUUUGCUUAAUUCUUUUUCCUUUAGUUUAUUAUCUAGUCCUCAUCCAUAUUACGAUUUUUAUUUCAUUUAUUUGUAACUAACUGUAAACUUUCCUUAGUUAAUAGCCUUAGCCUUUAUUUCUUAUAUUUUGCACGCAUUGUCCCGCCUCGAAUAGCCUUGCUAGCUGCGGGCAAUACUUUUGUUAUUUUAUUUGUUUAUUAAUAAAGUUUUGUUGUUUGUUCUUGUUGUUUUGUUCAAUAAAAACGGAAAUGUUUACUGUUGCUGAAUCGUAAGUGACUGUGCAAGAGACUUCGCGACGGUUUUGCGAGACACUUGUCGGCCAUAUGCUCUUCAAAGGCGACGAAAUGAGUACAGCUUCAACUGUCAAAACCAUGUUUGUUUUCCUCGAAUAUACCUUUCAAUUCGUCAUAAAUAACGCUCUACCGGCUUCAAACAGUGUCGACUGGCGGAAUUUUUAUGGGCAAAAGAUUUAAGUAUGAUUAAUUUAAUGAUUGUACCACUGUUGUACUCAAAGUUGGCUGGCUUGGCGAUAGAUAACGCGUUCAUCCUAUACGUCAAUGGUCCCGGGUUCGACUUUCGCCGUCAGAAACACUCAUUUCUUUUUUUUAUUUUUUGGUCCUUUUGUUUGUUUUGUGUUUUUUUUCGUAAAACAUAUUUCCAUUUUUUGACAAACUUAAAAUAUACCGGUAGACUAAUUGCAGGUUCAUUAUCAGCUUUUCUUUCUAAAAUACAGUAAUUAAAAAUCCACAAGUUGGCCUUAGGAACCCUUUGAUUUUCGUUUUGUGGUAUUUAUGAUUGACAACUAACUUUCUAGGAAAGUUUUGUUGUUUUCCUGUAAUCUGAUUGGUCAACUUUGUCCAAGUAAUUGUUAUGGUUUCUUAAAGGAACUUCCAAACUGUAAGAACAUUGAAGAAACCUCUUGUUAUUUUAAGUCAAAAAAGAUUGAAGUACAUUCAUGAAACUGAACAAAAAUGUUCUGGAUUUUGUUGUGAAAUAGGGCCAGAUUAGAAGAACCUUCUAAGCUUUAACAACCCCACCAAGUGUUCUUAGCUGAUGAGUCUGUUUCUUCCAGCAGUUGUAUUGAGGUGGCCACUUAGCUAUAUUUCUUUUUUUAAGUGUUAAAACUACACUUGUCGUCUAGUGACGUUAUUAGUAGAAGUUAUUUCUAGUAGAUUUUUUGAAUGUAAGUUUGAGAUAUCUGUUUUUGUUGAAGAUAUAUCAGCGCAGAGCUCAGCCAGCAGAUCAAAGGAACAGUUACCAAGUCCCUCAGGUACCAAUUUAUAGCCCCAGUCCACACGAAUGUGGAUAUUUUUUUAAAACCUUUGUGUUUUUUUAAAUGAAUAGGCCACGGAUGAAUGAGCGGAUUCACUGGUUUAGUGUUAAGGGAAGGCCGCUUUGUGAUAAAGAAAAUGUGCAGUUUCAGAAAUGUUCAGAUUUGUGUUGAUGGGGCCUUAAUGUUUAAUGCUACAUUGUACAUGUCAGCAAUCCAACAUGUUACGAGUUUAACAUACAUUUUCCGCUCAAUUUCCCUUCGUCUUGUUUUUUUUCUCUUGUUUUUGGUUGUAAUUUUUUGUUGUUUUUUCUUGUCAUGGUUAAUGUUUUUGGACCUCUCAUAUCAGGGAUGUCAUGUAUAUUACCGACGGUCAAUUACCUAAUAAUUGGGCAAAAUUAUUUUGUUCUUGGAGGGGGGAGGGCACUUGUAUGAAGGCGGCUGCUAAUUCGAACGUUUACAGUACAUGUGCUCCAUUUAAUUCAAAAAAAGACACUCUUCCCUCUCCUCUGUUAAGUUUUCUUGUCUAAUUAGUUACUAUUUGCACUCUGCUCCUUAGCUUAUUUGUUAAAUUAGUAAGGUUUUCCCACCCUUAGCCUGAGCAACAGAUUUACAGUACAAAACAACAACAACAACAACACUGAACAACACAGCUUCUUAAUCCAUGGUUAACGCCAUUGAACGUGUUAAAAUAAUCACGACAUUUUAAUUUUUUAAUACUAUUUAAGAAGCGGAGGCCAGUAUAAUGUAAACUAACUGUAGCAUAAAAGUUUUGAAAUCUAUAAUUGUCUCAAAAAUUGAUCAACAAGUCAGCCUCGCAACCGAAGGUUGUUUAAAAACCCUGUGGUGUAAGACUUGGUAAUAAUCUUAACGCAUGAAGAAUCGUGGUCCAGUGUUAACCUGAGAUCAGGCUCUAUUUUUAUUUCACGCUUAGAUGUAAAUGGCCAUAAUAGAAAAACUACCAUUAUUUUUUCUACCACAAAACCUGUACAAUUAACUUCCUACUGCUGAAUGCGUUAGAGAGGAUUUAAAAUAGAUUUACAUUUUUUAUAAACAGAUGCUGCAACUGCUUUUUUGGAGUGGAGUCAAAAUCAGCUUUGCUCAUUUUACAACAGUACUGCGAGCCAGUUAAUGAUUACUCCUUGGGACCGGGAUAAUACCAUGGACAUUGGUGAGGUGUAUGUACAGUUAACACUGCUAAGAGAUGACAGAAAACUUGCUGGAACAACAAAAGAAAGGCUUCAAGAUUACAGUGAGAUAUUCGCAAGCCAUGGUCAUCAUCUAAUUCCUAAGAGAAUUUUAGUGUAUGGGAGGACAGGAAUAGGAAAGUCGACAUUGACAAAGAAACUCGCCGUUGACUGGUCACGAGGUAAUAAAGAAAUCCUAACGAAGUUUGCUGUUGUACUUUUAAUCAAGCUCCGUGAUGUUUGCAACACGCAAGACUUCUGUGCCAUGCUACAAAAGGCGGAGCUGUUGUCCGCAGGUGACCCUAUGGUGUUUAGCCAAUUGUAUGAUUACAUUCUUCGUAACCAACAAAAAGUCCUACUUAUUUUAGACGGCUAUGAUGAAUACAGCGCCGAAAAAUCAUCGCCAGUCCAUCAGAUUUGGAAAGGCAGUCAAUUGAGAGAUUGUACUCUUCUUGUGACUACCCGUGCUCGGAAAAAAGACGAGUUAAGACCAGGAAGUCAUGCUCAGUUUGAAGUUGAUGGGUUUGAUCAGUGGCAAGUUGAAACAUUUGCUCGUAAGUUUCUUCGCGACCAAACAGAGGUAUUAAAGUUCACAGAUUUCUUGGAUGGACGCGACCUGUGGGACCUGGCGGAAAUACCUCUUCUCGUUUUAAUGUUGGUUCUAAGCUGGGAGGUUUUUGAUUAUCAAGGAUCAUCAACAUCCCGUGCAAAUCUGUAUAACAGUUUUUGUCAGACGCUGCUCGAUCACUUGACCGCAAAAACCUCAGAUGAGACAUUUAGAAGCAUGGAUGAAUACAGAGAAGACCUCGCAAAGUUAGGGGAACUUACCUGGCAGGCACUUUUAAAUGACUGUCUUUAUUUCAAGCUCAGCAAUGUGCCUCAGGACAUUCGGUUAUUCCUUGACAAGUUUAUUGAUUUUGGCUUUCUGCAGACUUCUAAUCUUUCAAAUUCGCCUCGUCCUGAGAAACUGGCUUUCUUUCUCCAUAAGUCGGUGCAAGAAUUCCUUGCCGCCUCGUUUUUAGUUCGUGAUUUAAAAAAUGACAAGGAAACCUUCAGCUGCCUAUCUAAACUCGACUCCUUUAAACGGUUCAAGGAGGUGUUUCAAGUUUUCAAAUUUGUUUCGGAGUUGUCAUCAGAAGCCACCGUUGCUGUUUUUAGCCAUCUGAAGAUGAUAGGAGAAAAAGAAGGUCUGACUGAUUGCAACUUCUGUGAAAACCCCUCUGUUGAGGAGCUCACUGAAGAACAAGGAGAGUUUUAUCGUAUUAGUCUCGAUCUUUUCCUUUCUUGCCCUGCCUCAGAUAGGAAAAAUGUCUAUCCUUCAUUUCUGCAAUGCGUGAACGGUCUUUUAUUGAUAGAGGACGAACAACUGGUUAAAGUUUCCCGCGAACAUUGCCUGAGAUCAACAAAUUUCUAUAAGCCAGAUUAUGUAUUUUUUCUAGAAGGUGAUUUAGUAGAUGCGGGUGAUGAAAUGUUUUCUGUGAUGUCCGAUUUGGUCACUGUUGUUGUGACAUGUUAUGGCGACGUAAAAUCCGUCAAUAGGUACCACGACCUAGUCCCUGAGGGGUUUUUCAUUAAGAAAGUUGGGCAUCGAUUAGUGUUCUAUUUAACUCGCCUUCAGUUCACAAACCAGACCAGUCCGAAUUUCAUUGAACUGCUUAGAUCAUUAAUAUCAGCACCAAAGUCCUCUCCUCAAGAGCCUGAUCACAAGUUACAGAAUCAUAAUGUUUGCAGCUCUUUGCAGUUAACUGAGAAAACUUCUGACCAGACUCUGACACACUCUCUGUCAUAUUUGAGAGAGAUGAACAUUUUCGGCCCAACAAGUGAACUUUUCAGUUUACUGAAUAAUCUUCACCAUGUGCCUCGACUUUCUAAGCUCGAUUUAGAUGAUGUUGGUAUGGGAAAUCAGGAGUGUCAGUUACUUGCCUCUGCUUUAAAGUAUGUUGAUAAGUUACGCUUUCUGAAAUUAUCACAUAACCCACUCGGUCACGGGAUAAGUGAGCUUGCCAAACACCUGCACCGUGUUCCUCAUCUGAUAGAGCUGCACCUGAAUGAUACACAGAUGGGUGAAGAAGAAGUUUCAACUUUAGCCCAUAGUUUAAAGAAUGUGACUCAGCUGAGUAAACUUGACUUAUCAAGCAACCCUGUUGGUCACGGGAUAAGUGAACUUGCUAAACACCUGCACAAUGUACCUCAUCUGAAAAAGCUGCUUCUGAAUGAUACAAAGAUGGAUGAAGAGGAAGUCACAGCUUUAGCCGAAAGUUUAAAGAGUGUGAUUCAGCUGAGUAAACUUGACUUAUCGUUCAACCCACUAGGUCACGGGAUAAGUGAGCUCGCCAAAUUCCUGCACAAUGUACCUCAUCUGAAAGAGUUGAACCUGAAUGAUACACAGAUGAGUGAAGAGGAAGUCACAGCCUUAGCCCAUGUACUCUACGUACGACAACUGAACUUCCUUUUUCUUGCCAAAAAUCCGCUGGGCCGCGGAGUGACUGAAUUAAUCAAGUGUCUUAGAAGUAGUCCUCAGCUUCCCUAUCUCGGACUCAUUAAAGUUAAACUGACAAAGAAAGAAGCCACUGAACUGCGCGCAAUAGUAAAUGAGAGGAACUUAUAUUUGGAGUCAGAUUAUCAUGUAAGUUUCUCUUUUGUAAUUUACAUUUAUUUUAUUUUCCAGAGUUAA